AUGAAUGGUGUUCAAGGAAGAAUGGCAGCAGUGGAAGAAGCUCAUUACGAUACCCCCUGGGAAUUCCUGCACCGCACUUCUUCAUUCCCUUCACGGGAGCGGCCGCAUUCCGAUUCAUCUGAAUUACUGGUUCCGAAGGGAAUCGAGCGUGGUUUGCGUUGUGGUCCGCCGGACGAGCCAUCGAGUGUCCCGUCCUCAUCCUGUCAAUCACAGAAUGUCCAGCACAGCAACGUUGCAGUCAGGCAGAGAGUGAUACCUGUGCAAAUCUCAGAAACAGAUUCACGACGAGCUUCAAGCACCGAGUUGGAACGUGGCCGUUUCAAAUUCAGCAUUAGUAAAUUACGAGAGCGCGCAAAUGGACGCGAUUCGCGACGUGUUCGUUACCGCGAAGAUGAAAUAAUCCACAAAGGCAUCGAUCGCGAGAUUGCUGAACGACAGCUCUCCGCAUACGACACCGGGGCAUUCCUGAUUCGGGUCCGUGACAAUGGCACACUGGCUUUGUCGAUACGUGCCAGCAAAGGCGUGCUGCACAUCAAACUUGAGCUUCGAAACAACUGUUGGGUGCUCGGUGAGGGGCCAUCGUUCGGCUCGAUCGCCAGUAUCAUCAAUUUCUAUCGAUUCCAUGAGCUGCCGAUUCGUGGUGCGGAACGCAUGCUGCUCAGUAAGCCGGUUCUUGUUAGCAGUGCUCAACCACAGCAUACUACACAGCCGUAUCGGUGA